CGGAACGAUCACUGAUAAGGCGUCAUGUCAAUUGCAACGCGUAGCAUUAACCUUUGUGUUCGUAAGCGAACCACUGAGAACGGUGUUUACGAAAGGUUAUUGAAUAUGCCAUCUAAAACGGAUAGUCGAUUAUGGACUUUGGCUUCAAACAUUACUAAAUGUAUUGUACAAUGCCUAUGCAAACUCUGGUUAGAGACAUUGAACACAACCAAGGUUGUCAACAAAGAGACAUUUCUGAAACUCACCAAGUCCAGAGAGCCUGGAAGGGGACUGGUCACCGUUAGCAACCACCACUCAUUCUGGGAUGAUCCUUUACUAUGGGGUUUCCGUCCCUGGAGCAGUAUACUCAACCUGGGUUCACCAUGUCGCUGGGUACCGGCCGCAAAGGAAGUCUGCUUCAAGUCUCCUGCUUCCACUCUGUUCUACACUCUUGGGCAGUGUAUCCCCAUUGUGCGGGGUCACGGGGUGUACCAGGAGGCCAUGAACCAAAUCCUGGACAAGGUCAACACUGGACAGUGGGUCCACAUAUUCCCAGAAGGCUCGGUGAAUGAAAAAAAGGUUCGAUGGAGACUGAAGUGGGGGGUGAGUCGGAUCAUAGCAGAUGCUGAUGUCACCCCCAUAGUGCUACCAAUCUAUCAUAUAGGACUGGAUACAAUUUCACCAAUUAAAACUCCUAAUUGGCUUCGCGUGGGAAAGACUGUUACCAUAGUGAUAGGAGAACCAAUAGACUACACAAAUGAAGUGACCAGAAUGAAGGAAUGCCAAAUGUCUUCGGAGGAGAUACUGAAGGCAAUUACAGAUGAUAUUGAGGAGAAAUUUUAUUUGCUAAAAGAGGAAACAGAACGGGUUCAUUUCCCUCGUAUUGGGUUGACAUUUCCCAGAGGGGUAUCGUCGCAGGUAGAUGAGAAGUUGUCAGCAGCCAAUGGAACAGACGUGACAUCACAGCCCAGCAAUGGCAGAUAGCAAAACAGCUUCAUUGGAAAAUAUAUACACAUGUUGUUUUUAUUGUUAUGUGGAUUUUUUAAAGAAAAAUCUUGCUUAUAAAUUAGUCAAAACUUGGCUGGCAGGUGUUUUGGGCAAAUGUUAUAUGGUAACAAUUGAAAUUAAAGUUCUGUGUUUUACAUAUUUUCAUGCCCCUAGUAGGGCACAGGUAGUUAGCGUGUGGCUAUGAUAUUAAUGAGUGAAAACAUCAUUUUGAAUGAUCAUAAAUUAUCAUAUUUUAACGUAAAAAUCAACUUUUCUGAAAAAAUAAAAUUACUAUCAAA